AUGCUUUGUUCUACUCCUAAAGUUCUAAUCGGGCCUUCCAUCCUCGGCGCGGAUCUUUCAGACCUAUCUUCUGUCUGUUUGCGUCUUUUGGAUGCUGGCGCUGAUUACCUUCAUCUCGACGUUAUGGAUGGCCAUUUCGUUCCAAAUAUAACAUUUGGUCAUCCUGUUGUUUCGUGCUUACACAAACAUUUACAAGAGGGCACUUUUCUUGAUCUUCACAUGAUGGUUGCCAACCCAAUUCAGGUGUCUAUUAUUCGAUUUUAA